AUGAAACGGUUGACAGCUUUAAUUCCAAAAGUCCCAUGUAAUUAUCCCAACAAUCACUGGCCGCAUCACAAUGGAUUAACACUAGCUGAUCCAACAUUCAACAUUCCACAAUCAAUAGACAUUCUACUUGGAGCUGAUUUUUUUGGACAAAUCAUUAAACAACAGAUCAUAUCGCACUCUCCAACAGCUCCUAUAGCACAACUUUCUAUCUUUGGUUGGCUAAUUCUUGGUCCAGUAGCACCAAAUUCAUCAGUCAAUCAUUAUCACAUUCAUCAUGCUACUACAAUUACGAACCAUGGAGACAUUCAAGAGUUGCUAACAAAAUUCUGGGUCCAAGAAGAAGUUCCGAUGUCAAAUCAACAUCAAUUAUCAUCCUUGGACCAACAAUGUAAAGAUUUCUUCAAAUCAACUCACUCUAGACAUUCAUCAGGACGAUACAUUGUCAGAAUUCCACUCAUUCCUUCACCUGCAGCUCUUGGAGACUCCUAUACAACUGCGUAUCGAUGUUUGAAACGUCAGUUGAGGAGACUAACCAACGAGACUGAGUACAGCAAUCUUUACAGACAAUUCAUGAAAGAAUACAAAUAA